AUGAGCAGAGGAACACCUAUUCUUUUCUCACAAGCUCGAUCAGCCAGUCGACAGCCGCCCUCAUUGGACAAGCUGCCUGAGCAGUACCUAAUUGGACAGUGGCCGCGAGAGCCGUACCAACCCCAGGCAUCCUGUAUGAGUGAUAAAGCCACACAGUCAAAGCGGCUCUCUGCUUCUUCAUCUAACAUGGUGCUUUCCAGACCCGUCAUUUGUCGAAUGCCCAGCUAUAGUGACUGUGUUAACCAGGAGCUGGAGAACGUCUUCAUCUGUGAAGACUGGGGGAGAGAGGAGGAGAAGGCUUUGGAGGUGCGGGACGGCGGCCGCGCUCCUGUUCCUCCUCUUCAUCACACACACAUCUCCUGCAGUCCCUGUUACUGCUGCUCUCCUGCUGCGGACGCUGAGAAAGAUUACAGGUGUGGUUCACCUCUGCCUCAGUUUUCCAGCUCUCCCAAACCCAACAACAGUUACACAUUUAAACGUGAGCCUCCCGAGGGCUGCGAGAAAGUCAAAGUGUUUGAAGAUCUCAUCACUUGUAGAACACAAGGCUUUCCCAUUUUCUCCUGCCCAGACAGAAACAAGGUGAACUUCACUCCGAGCGGCUCGGCCUUCUGUCCAGUGAAGCUGCUGUGUUCGUCUCUUUUCCCGUCAGAUGAUGCUGCUCGCCCCAGUUCACUGGAUACUCAAACUUCAGGACAGACGUCUGGUCCAUUUACAGAGGCCUCAGCACAAAACAGCUUCCCGCUGCGGCCCGUGUCCUCAGAAUGCUGCAGUAUUAGGAAGUGCCUGCUGCUCAGUUAGCCAAUCACAGCUCAGAUCUCAAACAGCUGACUUUUCUAGGAAAUGUAUUACUUGCUAAUGGUUGUCCAAAAGGACCAUCAUGUUGAACUUUGUCUUGGGGUUUCAUGUAAUUCUGCUGGAAUGCACAAAUCUUUACUAACCAGGUAAAACGCAUUAGAUAUGACAGAUAAUCAACAGGCCAACAUCCAAAAAUCUGCUUCAUGCCUUAACACAUAACUCUGUGGCUGGACGAUAUAGCUAACUAACUAUAUUUCAAUAUUUUAGUCUUUUGAUGAUUUUUUUUUUCCUGUAGAAGAAAUCAAAUUUCACCCAGUCAUUAUGUUGCCAGCAAAAGGAUUGCAAAUAUAUUGCACAUAUUCUGUAUGCUGCUCAGCCCUAACAUCCAUACGUUUAUUGAACAGUAUGGCUUUGUGUUUUUAGCCUCUUUGAUUCAUGUGACACUGUUAUGGUGUAUAAAUAUGACUGCUGGAU